AUGGCUAUAGACCUUAUGGGACCGUUUCCCUCCGGGGAAUACCUAUUAGUCGUCAUAGACUAUUUUUCCCGAUUCCAGGAAAUAGCCAUAAUGAAGAAGAUAACUAGUGAGAAAAUCAUUCUUCAACUUGACAGUAUGUUUGCUAGGCACGGCUUGCCUUGCACCAUGCGGAGCGUUAAUAGACCACAGUUCGUGUCGGAAGAGUUUAAGGGAUACCUGGAUUUAAAUGGUAUCAAACAUAUUCGGACCACACCAUACUGGCCGCAAGGGAACGGGGAGGUAGAAAGGCAAAGCCGAACAUUACUCAAAGCUAUUAAGGCUGCAAACGCAGAAGGUAAAGAUUGGAGACAAGAGCUACCAGAGUUCCUACUCGCUUAUCGCGCCACCCCGCAUUCUACAACGGGGAAAAGCCCGUUUAUUACUGUGAAUUACUGUAUAACCGGAAAUCCGUACCAAGCUACCAGAAAUGAGUAA